AUGGAUAGACUGAACCACAGCCGCAAGCAGAAACAGCUUGCUCCGGUCAAGCCAUGCGACGUGUUCGAUCUCAUAGGUGGCACAAGCACUGGCGGACUUAUUGCCAUUAUGCUCGGUAGACUCGAGAUGAGCGUCGAUGAGUGUAUCAAAGCAUAUAGCGGACUUAUAGCGACCGUGUUUGGAGUGCAACUGAGCAAGAUCCCCAUGACCUUGAAGGGCAAUGUCAAGCCGCGCUUUGACUCCGCGAAGUUAGAGGCAGCUAUCAAACAGGUCAUCAGCCAGAGCGGUCUCCCCGAGGACACCAUGUUUGAUGAUGGGAUCGAGCGUGGAUGCAAGACCUUCGUGUGCUCCAUCGAUCGCCACACAAAGGCUAUGGUCCGUCUUCGAAGCUAUAGUCUCCCAGAUGAGCAAAACGUCCCCGCUACCAUCUGCCAGGCUGCACUCGCUACAUCCGCUGCUACAACGUUUUUCGCCCCUGUGAGUAUUGGCAAGCGCUCCUUCGCUGACGGGGCCUUUGGCGCGAACAAUCCCGUAGACGAGGUGGAGGGUGAAGCCACAAAUAUCUGGAGCCCUGAUAUGCGCGAGCUGCAGCCUCUUGUUAAAUGUUUCAUCUCCAUCGGAACAGGUAAUCCAGGUAUAGAGCCAUUCAAAGACGGCGUGCCCGGAUUCCUUGGUGGCACGGUACCUCAAAUUGCGACUGAGACUGAAGCCACAGAUCGGAAGUUUAUCGCGAGAUGGGCCAGACAUUUCGAUGAGAAGCGAUACUUCCGCUUCAAUGUCGAGCAAGGACUGCAGGGUAUGGGGCUUGCCGAAUAUGAGAUGGAAGGAGCGAUCCAAGCAGCUUCGGAGGCAUAUUUGACCCAUACAGGACAGAAGUCCCGAGUGCGAGACUGUGUUGGCAAUUUGAGCCUGAAGCAGAGUGUGUACAUCGAAGACUUUGCAUGA